GUCGCCGGCGAAGCAUUGCUUGCAAAUAUUAAUUUAUUAUUUUGUUUUGUCGUUUUAAUUAAAACUUUAUUUAUAUAAAAUGACAGCUGUGCCUUUGGUUGUUUUCAACAAUGGCCACACUUGCCCCAUCAUCGGCUUAGGAACAUGGAAAUCAAAGCCCGGUGAAGUGACGCAGGCUGUCAAAGAUGCGAUCGACAUCGGCUAUAGGCACAUCGACUGCGCCCACAUUUACGGCAACGAGAAAGAGGUUGGCGAAGCUUUAAAGGCGAAAUUCGACGAGGGUGUUGUUAAGAGGGCUGAUGUCUUCAUAACCUCAAAGUUGUGGUGCACGAGCCAUCGACCAGAUCUAGUAGAGACCGCGGUCAAGACAACACUGACAGACCUCGGUCUAGAUUACCUAGACCUCUAUCUUAUACAUUGGCCACAAGCUUACAAGGAGGGUGAUGACAAUUUCCCUGUCGACGAGCAGGGUAAAGCCAUCCCCUCAGCAGUAGACUAUGUGGACACGUGGAAGGCGAUGGAAGGUCUGGUGGAUAAAGGCCUGGUGAAGAGCAUCGGCGUCUCCAACUUCAAUAAGAGACAAUUAGACAGAGUUAUUGAGGCGGCAAGAAUAAAACCAGCGGUUAAUCAAAUCGAAGUCCACCCAUACUUGAACCAACAGAAGUUAUUUGAUUACUGCACUUCUCUGGGUGUGGUGGUCACCGCGUACUCUCCGCUGGGCAGCCCCGACAGGCCCUGGGCGAAGCCAGGAGACCCCACACUCAUGGAGGACGAGAGACUGAAGACUGUCGCUGUCAAACAUAACAAGACAGUCGCGCAAGUUCUCAUCAGAUACGCGAUCGAGCGAGGUAUGAUCGUUAUCCCAAAGUCAGUGACCAAAUCUCGUAUCGAGCAGAACUUCCAGGUGUUCGACUUCCAGCUGUCUCCAGAAGAGGUGCAGAGUGUCGCAGCACUCGAGUGCAGCGGCAGACUCUGCUCCAUGGGAGACGUCCACCAUCCCGAUUAUCCGUUCCACGAUGAAUUCUAGAAGAAUCAAGAAGAUUGUUUAUAUCACUUACGUCUUAGAUCUGCACAGUGUGUUCACGGCCUGCGGCCAUUUUGUUAACUCUUUAAUAAAGAUUUUAUGCAUUUAAA